AGAGUAGAGUUUUGAGACAAUUCCUUACAGACAGAAGAUAAGAGAUCAAAGAUUUUAAAUCUUGACAGGAGAACCAAAUCAAUAAUCAAGAAUGCGUUUCAGUGUAAUCCUCGUGGUAGCUAUGGCAAUUGCCAUUGAUGGAAGCCUUGCUAGGACAAAAUUAAGCAGAGACGAAAGAAAGGAACUGAGAAAACAAUUAAGGAAAGACAUCUGGGAUUUGUUAGGAAACGAAGCCUCCUUAAAGACUCCUCGAGGACUGAAAAUUUUCCAAACGAUCAAAGAGCACUUGUUAAACAGUGAAACAUGUAACACUGACGAUUUAGAGGCUCAGAUUUCUACACUGCAAGGGGAGGUCAGUGCAAAAAAUGAAGAAAUCGCAACACUGGAGGAUGUGGUCGCUGCAAAAGAUGUAGAAAUUGCAACACUGCAAAACAGUGAAACAUGUAACACUGAUGAUUUAGAGGCUCAGAUCUCUACACUGCAAGGGGAGGUCAAUGCAAAAGAUGAAGAAAUCGCAGGGCUGGACAGUGAGCUAAACACAUGUCUAGCGUCUCAGUCUCCCCCAACAUGCACUGGGUGUACAUGUCAAUUAGGAGAGGUUGGGUACCAGUGUGCAGCUGACCCUUGCACUGCACCUUCAACAGUUGGUCCACCUCCUAUAUAAACACAAUACACACCCACAAUUGAUGCUGCAAAACAAUGAGACAACUACUUCAAACUUAUAAGCAUACAUAUCCAUGAUGAAUUGAAAUUAGACAGUGAAUUUAAAAUGAGAUAAUUAGAUUUCCUUCUAACAAUUCUUAACAUUAGAUAUCAGUUUAAAUACACUCUUUGAAUCUUAUUUUUAAACUUAUCUCAAAUGAAGAUACUUUCCUCAUUCGUUUCGCAUCAAUCUAGGGAGCAAAUGUGUACAGCAUAUUAACAAUAAAGUGAACAUAAAAACUUUCAAUAAAGCAUAGCACUUCCAUGAUCAAAGAGAAGCGUGAUAAGAACUCUCCCAGGAGGGAAACACACUCUCAAAUGACUUCAGAUAUGAAUAAAAUGAUUAUAAACUGGAUAGAUAAGAAUAAAUGAGUUACAAUCUCUUUAAUUGUACUUGUAUGUAGAGUUUUGUUGCCAUCAUUUUCUUACUUUCUUGAGGAUUGCCACAUUCCAAUGCACCCAGAGUUGUAGACUUUUUAAAG